CGCUGGCUGCGGGGGGAAAUAUCAGCAGCGGGGCUGCGAGCGUCAUUCGUGAGCAUCGCGGCUUGGUGUGCGUGUGCGCCGUCGCGCGUCAUGUGGGCCUCGGAACUCGACAGCGACUCGCGCUGAGCCGUGCCGGUCUCGUCCCAGUGUGUGUACGCGAUCAGCGACCGCCCCCACAGAGGCCCGGACUCGGACGACUGGUCCCGUAGCCCAGGGGGGGGCUAGGCCUAGGCGUCAAACAUGGCGGACCUCGAAGCCGUGCUGGCCGAUGUCAGCUAUCUCAUGGCCAUGGAGAAAAGCAAGUCCACGCCGGCCGCACGCGCGAGCAAGAAAAUUGUGCUUCCGGAUCCGAGUGUGCGGAGCGUUAUGCACAAGCACCUCGAGAAAAUGGGGGAAGUGACGUUUGACAAGAUCUUCAACCAGAAGUUAGGCUACUUGUUAUUUAAGGACUUCUGUGACAACGUCUGUGACGAGCAGGUUCCACAGCUAAGUUUUUACGAAGAGAUCAAACGCUACGAGAAGCUGGAGACGGCCGAAGAGAGGCGGACGGCAGCGCGAGAGAUUUAUGACAACUACAUCAUGAAAGAGCUCCUCUCACACACUCAUAAUUAUUCUCUCGAGUCCGUAGGCCAUGUCCAAAAGUACCUCAUGAGGAACGAAGUUCCCGUUAAUUUAUUUCAGCCUUACAUCGAGGAAAUUUUCAGCCUCUUAAGGGACGAUAUUUUUAGGAAGUUUAUUGAAAGUGAAAAGUACACAAGGUUUUGCCAGUGGAAAAAUCUCGAGCUUAAUAUACAGCUGACGAUGAAUGACUUCAGCGUGCACCGGAUAAUUGGACGUGGUGGUUUUGGGGAAGUGUAUGGCUGCCGUAAAGCGGAUACAGGAAAAAUGUAUGCGAUGAAGUGUUUAGACAAGAAGCGAAUCAAAAUGAAAGUUGGAGAGACGCUAGCAUUGAACGAGAGGAUCAUGCUUUCUUUAGUCAGCACAGGGGAGGACUGUCCUUUCAUUGUGUGCAUGACAUACGCAUUCCAAACGCCAGACAAACUGUGUUUUAUACUGGAUUUAAUGAAUGGGGGGGACCUGCACUACCACCUUUCUCAACACGGGGUGUUCACGGAGCAGGAGAUGCGGUUUUACGCAGCCGAGGUGAUUCUCGGCCUGGAGCACAUGCAUCGGAGAUACGUCGUCUAUCGGGACCUUAAGCCUGCCAACAUUCUUCUCGACGAACACGGGCACGUGCGGAUAUCGGACCUCGGUUUGGCGUGUGAUUUUUCUAAAAAGAAGCCCCAUGCUAGCGUGGGCACCCAUGGCUACAUGGCACCUGAAGUGCUCUCCAAAGGCACAGCCUACGAUUCCAGUGCCGACUGGUUCUCGCUAGGCUGCAUGCUGUACAAGCUGCUCAAAGGGCAUAGUCCAUUUCGGCAACACAAAACGAAAGACAAGCAUGAGAUUGACCGGAUGACCUUGACCAUGAAUGUCGAGCUCCCCGAAAGCUUUUCAAGUGAUUUGAAACUGCUUCUCGAGGGACUGCUACAACGGGACGUGGACAAGCGACUCGGUUGCAAGGGUCAGGGGGCCGAAGAGGUGAAGAGCCACAGCUUCUUCAGCGGGAUGGACUGGCAGCUAGUGUACCUCCAGAGGUACCCACCUCCUCUCAUACCUCCGCGAGGGGAGGUCAACGCAGCUGAUGCCUUCGACAUUGGCUCCUUCGACGAGGAGGACACAAAAGGCAUCAAGCUCACUGAAGCAGACCAGGAGCUGUACAAGAACUUUCCUGUGGUGAUCUCCGAGCGCUGGCAGCAGGAGAUUGCAGAGACAGUCUUCGAUACGGUCAACCAGGAAGCGGACAAGCUGGAGCAGAAAAAGAAGACCAAAAUGAAGAUGAAGUUCCAAGAUGAAAAAGAGUCUGACUGCAUCAUCCAUGGGUACAUCAAGAAGCUGGGCGGACCCUUCGCGUCAGCCUUCCAGACUCGUUACGGGAAGCUCUACCCAAACCGCUUGGAGCUUCACCAGGAAUCUAGCAGUGCCAAGCCAGAGCUCAUCUUCAUGGACCAGCUGGAAGACGUGUGCUCGGACUACGUCCAGGUGAAAGGGGAGCAGUGCAUAGUGCUCAAGAUGAAGGGCGACACCAAGGUGGUGCUGACCAACCCCGACGAGAUCGGCCUCAAGGAAUGGCUCCUGUCGCUCCGGUCCACCCUCAAGGACUCCCAAGAGCUGCUCGCUUCCAUGGCCAAGAAGGCCGGCAAGAUCUACGGCACCACCGACAACCGCAACAACCUGCUGGGCUCCACCCCGGGCGGUGCGGCGACCCCGCCUGCGCGCAACGGCAACUGAGAAGCGCCGGACUGCACUCCCCGUCUUCUCUCCCUCGUGAUCCUCGACGCGGGCACGAGUGGCGCGACUCCGUCACGCCAGGCGUGGUUGGGCCGGCAGUACUUGCACGGGCACGGGUACGGCAGGACGUCGCAGUUGCUGGAUGGUGCUCCGUGUCGUCCGCUGCUCGUACGCAGCGGGUGGUGCGUCGUCGUGCGCUGGCGAGGCAGCGCAGCUCUCCGCGACCAACGCGCGUAUCGGUGGCGCCCGCCACUGACGACACUGACGACCCUCACGCAAGAACACGCUGCCAAUUCUUGGUGGGAAGCCUCCACGUUUUUACCGGCUGCAGCCACAGUCGCAUUGCGCUUGCAGACGGGCCACCGCUGGACAGUUGUGUUUAAGGAGAUACGUCAUUUUCCUCCCCUGCCAUCCGCCGUAGGGAGGCUGUGACUGCAUUUUAAGGACCAAUGGGGGGGCAAGGGCAGGGGCGAAUUACGGGACUGUUGUUGUAACGUGUCCUUUUUUUAACUUAUUAAUGUGGCAAACACGGGUGGCAAGAGAAGGUCACAGAAUCCGGGGCCUCGAGUUUGGUGCUCGAGCGGAGGGCGUGUAACUCGUAGCGAAGGCAGAUGCAAGUCGAUUCUAGUGCUCGACUGGCAGCGGUUCUGCCUCUGCGUGGGUGCACUAGUGGCAUACUGCCGUAGCAGCUGUCCGGGUUGUCCAGUGGAAUCUGCUUGCUUUUCUUUUACAGUGCAUCGUAAGCAGGUGUAGUGCAAUGGCAGAGCCUGUUGACAAUACCCUCGCGUCACUGGGUUUCAGUAAGAAGCUUUGUCUGUGUAUGUGUGUGUGUGAUGCAGCGUGCAGCGCGCACUUUUCAUGGCAGCCACGUGACGUCUGUGUUAGUUCCCCACCACACUUCCUCCCCCAGUUUUCUUUCUUUCAUAUAUGUUUUCUCUCUCUGCUCCUCAUGUUUUCCCGAUUGCCUCGCGCCAUAGUGAAGGAAGCAUCAAUGGUGUCCGCACGCUUGCAGUGUAAAUAUACUGACUGUACAUAGGCGAGCGUGUAACACUCGCGUUAGCUGCAUUCGUCUCCCGUCAGUGCACACGACGACGAAACGUGCGAGAGACGGAAAUCCCGGAGAAUGGGUGUUGUACAUAGGGUGUGUGACGAGCCUUCUCGGUGACCAUUUCAUUGCGUCUCCCUUUACUCACCGUUCGCGCGGUUGCGAUGUCGUUGGUUCGGCAGAGCUUUCCACGAAACUCUCCCGUUGCUGGCGGUAUUCCCCCCCCCAUUCGCGCACCGUCCCUUCUCUCCCACUGUCGGUUGCCCAACACUUCUUAGCGUACUCUGCACCAGGUGUUUAGGAGGAAACACCGUCGACUGACGGACCGCUACGCGCUCGUUAGGCACGGGUGGGGUUAGUUGCACCUGUGCCUGCUCACAACGUUCGUGAUGGCAGUGUUGAAGAGUUGUGUGCUCCUUUGGUCUUCAUUUUCGUUAGAUUUGGGCGGGCAGGGGAGGUGGCACACGGUGGAGUGGGCGACAAAGGUUGGGGGUUUUAUUUUCCAGCCUGCGGGGAGCACGCCGUCUUUUGUAGGGCCACUGGGAAGUGCAAAGGGUCUGUGCACGUUUUUUCACUGCAGCUGCUUUAGGAGCCAGUAUGCACACAGCAAAGUAUACACCGCAGCCUCUGUCUAUUCUUUCCACAGUCACGAAGGAAGAAGAAACCGGGGGGCCAGGCGGCGAGAAACAGGAAACGAGCGGUUGCCUUCGGCCACUGCCUGGCACCGCCUUGCCACUGACCGUGCGCCCUUGGUUCGCUUCCUUUCGGCAAAGAAAUGUUAACUGUGAUAGCAACACUUAGCAGUCCAGUUUGUGUGUGUUGUGCUGCUGCUGCUGCCACGACUCCCCCCAGAGUGUGGGACCCAAGCCCCUCGUCCGAUAGCCAAGCCUGCACGAGGCUUUUUCAUCUUUUGCUAAAUCUGACACGACAACACUUCGGUCUCGACAAAGCUUUACCCUAUUCCUGGCCGCCUCUUAUAUGUUCCUUUUUUUUUUCCCUUUCGGUUCCAAAACAUCUUUUGUCUCAUAAUCGACUGCUCUUGCUUGCCUGUUUUGAGAAGGCCUCAAAGACGUGUCAGUUAAAUGUUUUUUAUCUUAAUUUCAUGCUGAGACACCAGAUUGCGAGUGUCGCACAGCCAUCGUUUCGCUUCACAAGAGACAGUGAAAAACUUGCAACCUAGCCUAGAGGCGUCAAGGAACAUUUCAGUCUUGUAUGGCUCCUCUACUGUUUUUUUCUGCAGUGAACAUUUCGAAAAACUGGAGGCUCUUGCUCGCUUAUAAAUACUGCCUUGUCUGGAACAACCUUGUACACAGUAUUAGAAGGCACCCUGAACCAGUACGUUCAAUGUAAACGCAUCUCUGCUUCUUACGCCACUGCACAGAUGCAUUCGAGGCCGUAAACAUUACGUGAGCUGUGGUUGCAGUCACGCUCGGAUGCCUUCCUCAUUCAGGAGCACAACCUAGAGCUGUGAAUAGCAGACAGGGACGACAGGUUAGUUGCUUAAUUUCCAUUACACUGUAAUCCUAACUCAAAGAAGGCACCGACAGAAAAAAAAAUAUGUGGGCACUGUCACCUAAGCGACGCUUAAUCACUCUCACUAGCAAUUGCUGAAGUCAUUAUUGUUUAUCUCAACUCAGUUUCAUUGACACUCUAUUCCACUGUCAGCUUAGGACUUGCAGCCAGUCCAGUUGCUGGCCUACAAAUCAAGUGGUGAACACAGUGCUGUAAGUGCCCCAAAGCGUGACUACAUUUCACGGCUUUGUGGUUGCGUGAACUAAAAGGCAUGCGAGGUUUCCGGUGACGAAUUUCUCUCUUGCCACAGAAUAGUGCCUUGAAAGGCAAUCGAUGUUGUUAGCUUGACCCACAGUCAGUUCAGUCUGCUUCCUCAUUGCGUCAGCUAGAAAUGUAUGUUGACAUGUUAACUGUUUGGUUUACGAAAUGUGCAGUCAACCAGCAGGCCCUGUUAGUAAGUGGGAAAUGGUUUAGAUGAACUUAAAGAGGGCAGUCUUGUUUUGAUGCAUAGUUUCUGUCCAUGUAGCACGCUCGAACAGACCAAGGAAUUUGCACUGUUGGCGAACGCAGCCAUUUGUUAUUCUGUUUCCUCUACACAUGGGGUCGUGCAUAAUGUCGUGCAAGGUUUUGUCUCAGAGCGUCUGAAUGAGAACAGAAGCAAGGUGCUUCGGCAUAGGUGUGCGGGUGGCACUCGAACUGCUAAGCAGCUGGAAAGGAGGCCCCACCUAACGCACAGAAUAGGCACUUGUGCUGUCGAGUGUUCCGAAAGCAACUUGAUGAACGAGGUUUCAACCACACGAGUCAAUAUUCUGUAUGCAUAUCACGAUUACGCGAUAUAAAUGUGCCGGCUUAGUUAUAAAAAAACAAAUGAACACACACAAAAACCGUCUGAAAUGCUAUAUCGGUUAAGACUCCACUCCUUGGAGAACAAAACACUUGAGUGAACGUUUCCAGUCAGUCUGUUUUAUUUCGUGUAAAGUUCCUUCCUGUACGGAUACUAGUGGCAUUUGUACGGUCCUGCACCUCCUUUAUGGGUGAAGUUAUGCUCAGAGAGUUUCGGGGGGAUAUUCAAUCCAAGUACAUGACGAAGACAGACAGGAACCCAAGCAAAGUCUGAUGAGUGAUACCAUUUCAUAGACAGUGUACAGGACACUAAGUGUAGCUGGUAAUCUUGGAACAUAACGAGGCGCGAGACGUAGCGCACACUUUGUCGUGGGUCACCUGGCUCUCGUAGGGGUGACUGCGUGAUCGCUUAACUAAGAGCCUUCGGUAGCAGACGUAGAAGGCGCUGAAGUGUAUGCGCAAGCCUAUCUUCUCAUCGCGUGUGUACAAAUGUGCAGCGUUCUCUUGUUCGGGACGCGUUCUUGACAGGUACGUUGGCCGAGGGUUUUCUCGAAGCGUUGCUUCUGGGAGCUUGAAUCUGCGAGUUGUGUACCGUGGCUCCUCCUCCCUCUGCAGAGCAUCAAAUGAAAAUGAGGAAAGAAAAAAAUUUGAGCUUCCAGUUGUCGCCUUCUCAUCUGACUGUGCCGGUAAAAUGUGGCGCCAAAGUCUGUGGCUGUGGGGGGGUGUCUGUGCGAACGAAACAUGCCAUUCCUAAGGUUACGCAGCACUGUCUUUUUCUUCUGUAGCUGGUGAAGUUGUUUUUUUUUUCUGUGUUCCCUUCCUAUUUGUUGUGCCAUGUGUCGAAACGUGGGGGGAGGGGGGGGGGGGUGUUGAUACGAUGUGCGAGUGGCUCACUUUUUGCCCUUGUCCAAGUCGGUGAUGAACCGGCUCGAAUUCCCGGUGACAUGACGUUUUGUGGCCGUAAACUCAUUUAUGCAAUCUCACUGUUUUACUCUGCAGCCACACCUUCAUUACAGCGCGUUGCCCCGUCGUUCUGCCACACGCGAGAGAUUACUAAUCGAGCCUGUUGUGUUGUUUGCUUGACUCGCUGGAUGUCGGUUAGGUCGUUUUGUUGUACCUGAACCUUAAAAAACACGUGCAGGCAUGUGUGUGUGGGUGUGUACAUAAAGCGGUGUAUUACUGUGACAGUCAUGUACAUAAGCACAUCUGGGUGUGAAUCAUCCCCUCAUUUAUUGUCAUUUUUUUCCCCUGUCCAUUAUCUCUCUAGCUCGCCUCUGUGGUUCCGUGAAUGUUCUCUUUUCGUUUUUAUACCUAUUUGACAGAGAUUCUGUUGUGUUAUCUGUGCACUGCAAUGGCGUGGAAGCAAUUUUUUUUCUGGUAAUGUGGCACUUUAUCAAAUAAGAGAUUUCGUGCAGGUAGAGCUCGUUCUUUUAUAAAGGCAUGGUGAUCAUAACUGGGGCUUUUUUUUUGGUAGUCUAGCAUGUUUUGCACCUGAGAUUACAGUAUGCAGCUGCUAGGCGUGCGCGGUUCCUAGCCAUGCGUCUUAUGUUACCUCGGCACUGCUUUACAUUCUGCAGCCUUAUCGUUUUCAGGCAGGACAGCGAUGGAUAUUUGCAUGACUCUCAAGCAGGACCUAAAUUCAACGUGGUCUCGAGUUUAUCCUAACGUGUACACCCUAUGAAUUAAAGCAUGUUGUUCAAGGUUUCAGAAGGAAUGGUACCUAAGGGGCUAAACAUCCGACUGCCAAAAAAAAAAAAAUGUUGAGCUACCAGUGUCGUAGGUGAAUUGAGGAACUUGUACAUUUAAGCACAACAGAUCUGUAUAACGGAGUUCCCACACACUUCAAUCACAAAACAGAGCUCCUAAAGGAGCAUUGGGUUAUGAGGAUGCCUGCGUGGAUAUUCUCCUGCGUUUUGGGAGAAAUGGACUCUUCGUCAAUGGAAGUGUCAUGUUUAUUUCUGACUCAUAACUUGGCGUCAGUGAAAACCAUUCGUUACAGAGUGAACCGAGCUGCAGAGUAAUAUUUGGCGAAUCCUCUUGAAAUGCCGACGUUGCACGUUGUGCAUGCCUCAAAAGCAUUAUCUUCACCGAGUUUUGACUUGAUGCACAUACAGAUAUGACUCUGCAAUUUGCAGCCAUUGCUGGGCAUUUAUACUAGUUUCAGCAAUCUAGGUGAACUUUGGUAACCUCAUGUGUUGGUGGGACCCUCUUCUGGAACUGCUUUCUCUUUUUCCAAUCUGUGUACGGGAUGGUGGAGUGAGUGCGACACCACGACGUGCUAUUUACUCGUUCUUUCCAUUGGCAUCAGCACAGAGUUACACCCUUGUAAUAUCUCUUCCAAACAUACCCGGUCGAGCACUUAUUCUGGUUUUCCGGAUAUUCAUAAAAAGUCUUCUAAAAAAUAGAAAUAGACGAUUCUGGUUCAAGUUAAAAGUUAUAUCGGAUAUAUAUGAUACCGGAGCAUUGCCUUAAUUACGAUGAGGGCCAAUUAUCUGUCAUGAUAAUUAUUGAAAAUUGGGGGAGUUUAUUGAAAAAUCGUGAGCAGUUGGGAUCGUUGCAGCAGCUGCCCUAGUAGCAUGCAACGUUGCCACAACGUUGAAGCAACUUUUUCAAAGUUGCGGCAACGUUGUGUCAACAUUUGGUGCUACUGGGGUGGCGGAGCAGAUCUCAGCUACGUGCUUCUUUCUAUGUGGCCUCAGAGAUCCGCUUCGGCAGAGCACAAAACGCAACGUUAACCCAAGGAUUACGCCAGGCCACACAAACACCAACGUGCGGGUGCCGCUGCCAGACACCCGAGUCAAGGAUUCUAGAAUUCUUUCGUUUCCUUGCCUUCCUUGUUGACAAAUGCGUACACUUAUUUGAGCAUCCACUGGUAGUGACACAUGGCUGUUGCUAAUCCGAGUCAGACGUACAGGCACAAUGGCCACAGGGUCAGUUGUAGCCGCCACACCACAGAUUUUUUUUUUUUUUCAAUAGUUUGUGCUAACUUCUGAAAUGUUGGGACUGCAAGAGGUUCUGCUCAACUACCCAAGACCGUAAGUCAGCCCAGGGACAUAGUGGCUUUUCAAGCUGUUCCAUAUUAUCGUUUGAUGUUUGAUCGACGUGAAGAACCUAUUUCUAAAUGGACGGAUGCUGAAUGCAGCGCCUCCGCUAAUGGCUUCCUCGUGUUUUCUGUAAGAAACGGCUUUUCAGAACUCAACCAAUGCAAGUAGUCUAAAGAAUGGAAAAUUAGUUACUAGAAUGCCAAUACAGCUUAGUUCAUUUCAUGCAAAGUGUUGGUUACACUUGCAAGAGUAUGCUAACACUUGGAGCUUGUUCUGCUGUUGUUUUUGAGUAGAUGUUGUACUUGCACUGCAUCGUCCGGUUUAAUGUGACCCAGAAGGCACACUGAUUGUUACAAGCAUACGUUAGCAUGGUGCAGAGUCGGCUCGGUGUAAUACUGUUAUUGAAGGUUCAUAUGUUGCGUCAGCUGCUGUUUAUUGUACCACAGGUUAUGUGUUGAAAGCGCAAGACUCUGAAACGAGCUUCUGCAUCCCACCAAUCAACAGUGUUUAUUGCACAGAGCCCAGCUUCUUGGAAGUGUUGCGUGUCUGUGAGUAGUGGCCGAAUCAGGCAGGCGCAUUAUUUUGGGCUAUUUGACAGAGGAUGCUGAAUCAGUGAUCGCUUUUUGCUGAACGGGCUUAAGCAUCCUUUGGGGAUGUGCAUUAGGAAACUGAUGCCAGCAGUCUCCCUCCCACAUCUGUUACCAAGAUAUUGGCCCUACAUUUCUGUGUUUGCAAAAGUGGCCAGCGACAAUUAAAAUGUCGACCGGCGCACAUUGCACAUUACUGGGCUGCCUUGUUUUUUGUAUGCGUAGCUGCUGUCACCGUAUGAGGGCAAAGCGCAUUAGCCGCUACUGCGUGCUGCUUCUCCCAUCUGUGUGCCCUUGCUUCUCUGAGAAGUACAAGACGAAUGAACCCACCUCUCGCUAAGCUGUCCAAUUAGGCUCUACGCGUCGUUGAACUUUCUGCGUACGCACGCUUCCUUUGUGGCUGUUGGGUGAACACAUGUACGAUAUGUAUGCCCAAGCGAAUAGCGCGAAUGUGCUCUGAUCCAUGUUCAAAGUGUCUCACUGCAAUAGAACUUCCUAAAAUGAGGUCGUAAUGAUGUUGUAAGAUCUGUGGUAGGACGUCGGCUUCUCGGGAUCUCGUAGGCCAUUCCUCCGGACAAACAAACUGCAGGGUCGUUGACGCUCUGCUCUCGCUUUAACAUUCUUUUUUUCUCUUUUUACUCGGGUGCGUUGGGAGAGAACGCCGUCUUUUCAUCUGCCGCCUCUUUUUUGUACACGUGUACCACACAUGCGCGCAGGGAGGACAACACAAAGGCCUGGUGACGACGAAUUGCUUUGUUUGUGCAUCCUCGUCUUCUCGAUUGUGGACGUCGCGUGCCCAUCCACAAAAUCUAGUCUGGCCUCUCUCUUUUGUAGCCCUUUUUUUGGAGACAAGUUUUUAGGCAAGCUAGGAGGACGAACCAACCUUUACGUGUCGUGUACAGAAAGAGAAAGAAAAAAAAAACAAUACAAAAUAUAAUGUAGAGCUGUGUGGCUGCUGUAUUUAUAUAUCUCCGCGCGAUCCCUGCAUUGUUUUUAAUCGCAACCCUUGUAUUGUUUCUGCAGCAUACUUUUCUUGGUUGUGCCCUGAAGUAUAGCUGUUAUAGGUUGUUUUUAUGUUAUUUUUAUUUUUUAGGAAAUGUAGAUACUUGAAUAAAAGACACCCAGAAAGAAA